AUGUCAGAUUCUGAUGACAGCGACGAUUCAAUCCUCGAACUGCCUCGCAUGCACUCUGGACAGCGAUCAACGUCGAUGAGCGGUGAAGAUCAAACGAAGGAUAUUCUGUAUUACGAUGAAACGCUGGGAUUUACGACGGAUGGCGAAAACAAUCGACAUACGCCCGAACGGAAAAUUUCGACAUGUCUGGAUCGUGUGGAACUGGAAAAGAAGCAUUUCGAUAUGAUCAACGAACGAAUUGUCGAUGACGUCACGAUGGAUCAAUUCUAUAAACCGCAUAGUAUCACUGUUCUUGUCCUAGUCAUCGCCUGUCUCAUUUAUAAAGCCGCGGCUGGAAAAACCGACAACUCCACCGAAACGAACUACUACGAGGGAUUCUUGGGAGCCGGGGCUCUUUUCCUUCUGAUAAGUGCUCUCACAUUCCCAAACGGACCGUUCAUCCGUCCGCAUCCAAUUCUUUGGCGUGUUAUUUUUGGAUUAUCUGUCAUUUAUGUCAUUGUACUGCAAUUCGCACUAUUUCAGAACUAUGAGGACUUGAAGAAGAUUCUAACUUGGCUGGAUCCAGAAGGACUCGGUCAGAAAUCUCUUGAAGAGAAGGAGUACGCAUCGGAUUGUUGGGAUUUGUCGUUCGAUAAAAUCUGGAGCCACGUGGAUUUCUUCGCAUUCUCCCAUUUUACGGGAUGGAUUAUGAAGACGUUGUUGUUGAGACACUGGGUCCUGUGCUGGUUUAUUUCGAUUAUAUGGGAAUUUACAGAGUUAAUGUUCAUCGAUGUUCUACCGAACUUCGCCGAAUGCUGGUGGGAUUCGCUGAUACUCGACGUCCUUCUGUGCAAUGGAAUUGGAAUUUACGUCGGAAUGAAGCUGUGUGAAUUCCUUCAAAUGCGACAGUUUCACUGGGAAAGUAUCAGAAACAUCAAAACGCGCCGUGGAAAAAUGAAGCGAUUCGCUCUUCAAUUCACACCGGCCAGCUGGAGUGGAUACGAUUGGUUCUACAGUCGAUCGUUCUCAAAAGCGAUCCGUCGAACGUUUCUUCUCACGUUUCUGGUGUCGUUUUGGCUGCUCGCCGAACUGAACACGUUCUUCAUCAAGCACAUUUUUGCAAUCGACACGAAGCAUCCGGUGGUUUUUUGGAGGAUUAUACUGAUUGCUGUCAUCGCCGCACCCACUAUUAGACAAUUCUACGUGUUCUCAACGGAUCCUCUGACUCGUCGUGUCGGAAUGCAAUCCUGGGUGUUCGUUGUGAUUUGUGUCCUCGAAUUGGCGAUUUGUGUCAAAUGUGGUGGCGAUGUGUUCGCGAAAACCAACGUCUGGAAUUUGGCACUCUGGAUUGCUGCUAUUAUAAUCGGCACAAUCUUCUGCAUCCUCGCCUCCACAUGGUACGCCGAAAACUUCGGCCCGACCGCCCGUGUUCUCGUCAAAGGACGACGUCGCCUGUGCUAUUUGGAGUCGUCACACGAGAAUUUGGGAAUUCUGAAGGACGAUGUCAUCAAGAAGCGCGAAGAGUAUCUGACACCGAAACGACACUGA